GUGAGAGAGAGAGAGAGAGAGAGAGAGAGAGAGAGAGAGAGAGAUAUUCUCUUCCAUUUUGUGUUUUAAACUCCACAUUUUUCUCCUUCGAUAUCAGUUCACAGUGAAAAUGAAAGUCAGCUCGUUUUUGUGACGACAGAAAUAACGGAACCUUUUCAUUAUCUUUUUUCAUGAAAGAUCACAGAUCAAGUUAUGUUUAUAAGAUAAAAACCUCUGACUGUUUGUUAUAAUGUCACGGGAGUGUGAGAAACUCCAAUCCUCUGAAAUGAGUCAACAAGAGAAGCAACACAAGAGGACCAAGCUACACUAAUUCUAAGAGACAGCAGACAGACUUUCUGAAACAAUGUCACGGGAGUGUGAGGAUCUCAGAACAUCCGAAAUGAGUCAUCCAGAGGAGCAGCACAAGAUACAGAGUGAAACUAAGAAAAAGCCAGUCUCACCUGUAUCCAGCUGUGUGUCCUUCAAGAGUGAUCGCUCACUGCCAGAACCUCCACACUUUACAGCUGAAACAUCCUCUGUGGAAAGAACCUCAAAAAAGAAUCCAAAAAUCAUCUCUACAACUCGGAUGGAGUCCAUAUUCAAGGAGCUGGAGCACAAAUUCAUCACACUGUUGAAGAAUGAGCUGAACAGGUUCAAGAAGCUACUUAGUGCUGAUUACCCAGCAUGCUCUGAGGCAGAGGCAGAGAAUCUGCACUGUGUUAGAGAGAGUGUGCUGAAGAUCACACUGCACAUCCUGAAGAACAUGAAGCAGAAAGAUCUCGCUCACACACUGCAGAUCAAGCUGGCCUCUGUGUAUCAGAGAAAUCUCAAAUCUGGACUUCUGAAUAAAUGUAAAAGAAUUAAUGAAGGAAUCUCACAGCAUGGGACAUCAACACUUCUGAAUCAGAUCUUCACAGAGCUCUACGUCACAGAGAGUUGGAGUGGAGACGUCAAUAAUGAACAUGAGGUUAGACAGAUUGAGACAGCGUCCAGGAAAUCAGCAACAGAGGAGAUACCCAUCAAAUGUAAUGAGCUCUUUAAAGACAAGUCCAUCAGAACUGUGCUGACAAAAGGAGUAGCUGGAAUUGGAAAAACAGUCUCUGUGCAGAAGUUCAUUCUGGACUGGGCUGAAGGAAAAGCAAAUCAGGACGUCCUCUUCCUGUUUCCACUUCCCUUUAGAGAGCUGAAUCUGAUAAAGCAGGAACAAUUCAGUCUGAUGAGCCUUAUUCAUCAGUUUUUCCCCAUGAUUAAGGACUUGGAAGUAAUCGACAGCAAUGUCUACAAAGUUUUGUUCAUCUUUGAUGGUCUGGAUGAGUGUCGACUUCCUCUAAAUUUCCAGAACAAUGAGAUGUUGUGUGAUGUGACAGAGUCAGCCUCAGUGGACGUGCUGCUGACGAACCUCAUCAAGGGGAAUCUGCUUCCUUCUGCUCUCCUUUGGAUAACCACUCGACCAGGAGCAGCCAAUCAGAUCCCUCCUGAGAGUGUAGACCAAGUAACAGAGGUACGAGGGUUCAGUGAUCCUCAGAAAGAGGAGUACUUUAGGAAGAGGAUCAGUGAUCAGAGCCUGGCCAAUAAAAUCAUCAGACACAUGAAGUCUUCAAGGAGCCUCUACAUCAUGUGCCACAUCCCAGUCUUCUGCUGGAUUUCAGCCACAGUUCUAGAGAAAAUGUUGGGUGAAGCAGAAAGUGGAGAGAUCCCCAAGACUUUGGCUCAAAUGUUCACACACUUCCUGAUUAUUCAGAUCAAACACAAGGACCAAAAGUACAAUCAGAAUGAUGACCCUGAUCCACAGAAGAGCAGAGAGAGUAUCAUGGCUUUGGGAAAACUGGCUUUCCACCAGCUGGAUAAAGGAAACAUUAUGUUUUAUGAUGAAGAUCUGAGAGAAUGUGGCAUUGAUGUCAGAGAAGUUGCAGUGUACUCAGGAGUGUGUACUCAAAUCUUCAGAACAGAGUCUGGACUCCACCUGGGGAAGAUGUUCAGCUUUGUGCAUCUGAGUGUUCAGGAGUUCUUGGCUGCAUUAUAUGCGUUUAUCUGCUUCACUGACAGAAAACAAAUAAAAGAACAAGUCACUGAUCUGUCUGGUGUUUUAAACAAAUCAGAAAUGUCUGACUUCCUCAAGGGUGCAGUGGACCAGGCCUUACAGAGUGACAACGGACACUUGGACCUUUUCCUCCGCUUCCUUCUGGGCCUCUCAGUGGAGUCUAAUCAGAAGCUCAUUCGAGGUCUACUGACAAACACAGGAAGCAGCUCUGACUGCCAAAAGGACAUAGCUGAGUACAUCAAGUUAAAGUUUGAUCAAAACCCAUCUCCAGAGAGAUCAAUCAAUCUGUUCUACUGUCUGAACGAGUUAAAUGAUGAUUCACUGGUGAAAGAGAUCCAAAGCUACAUGAGCUCAGGUUGUCUCUCUGAAGCUGAACUCUCACCUGCUCAGUGGUCUGCUCUGGUCUUUGUGUUGCUGACAUCAGAGGAGGAUCUGGAAGUGUUUGAGCUACAGAAGUUCAUAAGAUCAGACGAAUGCUUUAAGAGACUGUUAUCAGUCGUCCAGGAAGCCACAAAAGUUCUGUAA